CGUACGCUGCUAAACAUUUCAUAACAAACAUCAUGGCUGCCCCGUUGGUCAGGAUUUUCUCAAAGUCUUUCAAACAACUCUCUCGUCCAUGGGGGGCAUGCCAGGCAGGGUGGAGGAGCACUUCCUCCAGAUCUGUCCCAGAUGUGGCUUCACACCAUCCCGCCGAGGUGGUCUCCUCUUUCCCUCCACUUCAGACAUACACAGAGGAGGAAGGCAUGAUGAGGGAAGCAGUGAAAAAAUAUGCACAGGAGCGCAUCGCCCCACUUGUGUCACAAAUGGAUGAGAAUUCGCAGAUGGAUAAGGAAGUGAUCAAAUCCCUCUUUGAACAAGGUCUCAUGGGCAUUGAGAUCGACCCCGAAUAUGGCGGGACUGGCUCCUCGUUUUUCACCUCUAUUCUGGUCAUCGAGGAGCUGGCGAAGGUGGAUCCCUCUGUGGCUGUACUAUGUGACAUCCAGAACACUCUGAUCAACACGCUGUUUGUCAAACUCGGUACCCCAGCUCAGAAAGAGAAGUACCUCAAUCGACUGUCAACAGACAUGAUUGGAAGCUUCUGUCUCUCUGAAGCAGAGUCGGGAAGCGAUGCUUUUGCUCUGAAGACGCGUGCUGAAAAGCACAAGGACUAUUAUGUAAUCAAUGGAUCCAAGAUGUGGAUCAGUAAUGCAGAGCAUGCUGGUGUUUUCCUGGUAAUGGCCAAUGUGGAUCUCUCUGCUGGAUACAGAGGCAUCACCUGCUUCAUCGUGGACCGGGACACCGAGGGGCUAGAAAUCGGCAAGAAGGAGAACAAGCUUGGACUGCGGGCCUCCUCCACCUGCCCGCUCAACUUUGACAAUGUCAAGGUGCCAGAGAAAAACAUUUUAGGAGAGAUCGGUCAUGGCUAUAAGUAUGCCAUCGGGAUGUUGAACGAGGGUAGGAUUGGAAUAGCAGCACAGAUGCUUGGACUGGCACAGGGUUGCUUUGAUCACACGGUUCCUUACACCAGACAGAGGGUGCAGUUUGGAAAACGUAUCUUUGACUUCCAGGGGAUGCAGCACCAAAUUGCCCAUGUAGCAACGCAGAUUGAAGCCGCUCGGCUGUUGACGUACAACGCUGCUCGUCUGAAAGAAGCCGGAAGAACUUUCAUUAAAGAGGCCUGCAUGGCUAAAUACUUCAGCGCAGAGGUUGCCACCCUUACCACAUCAAAGUGCAUCGAGUGGAUGGGAGGAGUAGGCUUCACUAAAGACUACCCUAUUGAAAAAUACUACAGAGACUGUAAAAUUGGUACCAUUUAUGAGGGCACGACGAAUAUCCAGCUGUCCACUAUGGCCAAGUUCAUUGAUAAGGAGUACAAUGUUUGAAACUCUAUGAGCAAAGCCUAAACGAUUGUACUGUGCGAUGUUACACUCCGCAUUUUUUCCCCCCCAGUGAUUAUAAUGGGAUUGAUCCAGACCAUACUACUAUAGAUUGGUUCUCAUGCAGGAGCUCAUAGUUACUGGUGUUUUGGUUACAUUUCUUCAGGUUUAGAGAUAAAGCUGCUCUGGUUUAAUGAUGUUUAUUUUGCUUUUUGUAUCCAGUGAGCUUUCCAUCGGUUCAAAUACAAUGAGUAACAAACUGUAUAUCAUUUUAAGACCUUUACAACCUUCACCCCACAUUUGUUCUAGGAUUAUUAUUAAUGUAACAGUAACAUAAAUGAUCCAUACAUUUGCAAUGUGGGAGUUAGUUGUUGAAAGCUGAUGAUUAGGAUUAUGCUUUGGUGCCUUCGGAAGAUUUGCGAUUACUGAGAUCAGUGAUGUAAAGGUGUGUGUUCUCUCUGUACAGCAAGUGAUUCUACAUCCUUUUAGGAAAUCAUCUGUAAAGAAUGAUCUGUCAGUACUAUUAAAUGUGAAGUAUGCUGUAGUGCAUUGUAUGGUUGUUUGUAUUUGCUGAGGAGUCCAGGUUAAUACCAAGUUCUCUCACUAGAUGGCAGCAUUUUCCCGAGUGACAGCCGCUCACAGAAGCGGCAGUCAAUUAUCAUGUCUUUUAACAGCUUGUCACCUCUAAUGAUAUUUUAUAUCAAUUUAAUUAUGGCGGUGCUUCAGAUGAAAAGAGCUCGCCUUGCAUAAUUGACUCAUUGAUAAUUUUGUGUGUGUGACUGAUUACAUUUGCACAGGCUACAUGUGCUGUGCAAAAUAAGGUCUAUUGUUUAAACAGCUUUUAAACUUUUAGCCAAGACUUCUUACAAAUAAUUAUGUGGUGCUAUUCUUUUUUUUUUUUUAUCACUGUCAAAUAAUGGAGAGGGAAAAAUUAAAACAGACACGGAUACUGUUUGAUGAUUUUUAUUAGUCACACCGUUUCCUGGCUGUAAUACAGAAACUUCAUGUUUUUGUAGCAGAUAAUUUUAUAUUAAGAUUUGCUUUUGCUUCUUAUUUCAUGUAUUUGUAUAAUAAAUUUGAAGAGUGAAAGGGA